CUCGCUCCCGGGCGCUCAGGCUCGCGCGCUCCUUCCUCCCGGCCCGCGAGCCCGCCGCCGCCGCCGUCCCGGCCCCUGGGAAACGCAGUCCACCAUGUCUUCGCCUCCCGAGGGGAAGCUAGAGACCAAAGCUGGACACCCGCCCGCCGUGAAAGCUGGUGGAAUGCGAAUUGUGCAGAAACACCCACAUUCUGGAGACACCAAAGAAGAGAAAGACAAAGAUGACCAAGAAUGGGAAAGCCCCAGUCCGCCCAAACCGACCGUGUUCAUCUCUGGUGUUAUCGCCCGGGGCGACAAGGAUUUCCCCCCAGCGGCCGCCCAGGUGGCUCACCAGAAGCCCCACGCCUCCAUAGACAAGCAUUCGUCCCCGAGAACCCAGCACAUCCAGCAGCCUCGCAAGUGACCCGCGAGGACCCAGCAUCCUCACCAGCCGUGCCUCGGUUCCCCAACCUUUGGUAUUUCCCCAGUAAAGAGAACUGGCUUUGUCUUCAGAAUCCUGCUCCACUGGGAAGUCUAAGACAAAGCAAAGCACCCCUUCCUUUGCCUUAAAUUUCCAUAUCUAAAACUAGAAACUGAUCAGACCCCAAACCUUAUUUCCUGGGAGUCCUGGCUGGUGUCGUUUGAGGAUCAUUGUGCCCCAAAAGUGCCAUUAGCAGAACUGGCCACGCCCUGAGUAAAAGGAAGUUGUUCAAAGUUUAGCUUUAGUUCCAUUUCAGCCAUCACCCAAGUCUCUACCUGUGGUCUUAAAACCCAGAGGGCACAAAUGUGGGAAGAUGAGAUUAGGGUGGGGGAAAGGCUCAAUCAUUUCAUGCUUUUUAGUAACAGGACAAUAAAAUCUUAACACCUGGGGGGAGUAAGAAGUGAGGGUGCUAAUUACAGUGGCAGGUUCAAAAGGCAGAGCAGGGGAGACUUGAAACAGACAGU